AUGGCCCGUCGGCAACGUGUCCCCCGCAUAAAGGAACACCGCAAGAAACGGAAUAAGAAUCCAAAAUUGUCGCCCUACCAGCGUGAGCUACGGCGAACGAAGCUCGCCAAUCAACCACCCAUCAUGAAAGCCAAUGGGCGGGAUUGUUCGAUUAGCCAGCGGUCCCUUAGUCAAUAUCUUGCGGAAAGACAUGAACGAGAACAACAGCGCAAACAACGGCGACGCGAAAAGGUGGCGGAGGCGGCGGCAGCGGCAGCAUCGGCGAGUGAAGGACCCGGUGGUGUCGGCACCCCCAUUGGCAGUGACUCCACUUCCCUUUCCUCUCCUCCUUUAGUGAACAAUGGAAACCUCAGUGAUGGCUUGGGAGAACGCAACAAAAAAUCAAAGGUGCUAAAGUUAGCCGCAAAACGAGUUCUCACGGCGGAAAAAGCAGACUCCGGGGUGACUGUUGACACUAAGGCGGCACCCGUACCUCUCAACGAACAGAUUGCUGCGACGCUGGCGCGCCCGGUGCUUGCAUUUCGCACUCGCGAUGGGAGUGGGGCGGAGAGCAUCACAGAUGAUAGCAAGGAGUCCAUCAUUGCCAGGAAGAAAGAGAAGAAACAUCGCAAGAAGGUGGAGGCUAGGCGGGAGCGACUGCAGGCAAAGUUGCAGGAGAUGGAGAAGCAGCUAGCCGAUGAGGUGCUCUCCACAAAAGGAGGUAAGAAACGAAGGAGAGCUGACCCCGUCGAUGCGAAAGACAUUGCAUACGAAAGGAUGCUGAGGAAGAUGCAAAAGGAGAAAGCAGCGACUGAGGCGGCGGAGAAACGUGCGGCAGGCAAGAAAGGCAAGAAGACGGUUGAUAGCAACAACUUAGAUGGAGUGAAGGAGAGCCGCAAACGAAUCAGUUUUGAUGAUGGUAUCUCUGGUACCGAAACAGGUGAUGGGCCGCAUAGGCCUAUGCGCUACCCGAAGGAUAAAGGUGAGGAUCAACCUCGUGAUUUCUGUGAGUUGGUGGAUGUUGUUCGUUAUGGGGAACGUGUAGAAGCGCCACCGGUCUUCGACACGGUGCCAAGCCGCAAUGCUUCCAUUACGCGGCUUGCAAGCCGACUGGACCAAUCUUCACAGCGCAGUGCGAAGGGGGCAGCGAAAGGUCCACAGUCAGAGCGACUGCGAUUGCUUUCUUCUGUUGGCGGCAUGGGUGAGCAAAGGCGGUUGGAGCGUUUAGGAUUUGUUCCCGCUGACGGGAGCACCAAAGUAACGCGUGGAUCGGGGCAAGCGUUGUCCAAGGAGGAGGAGAUGGAAAGAUUGCGAUUGAGCGUAGUGGAAGCUUACAGGCGAAAUAAGCGUGUUGCUUUGGAGGCGCGAAACGGGACGGAUAUGCGUCACCAAUUUCCACUUUUCUCCUGA